AUGACGGAUACAGCGAAGCCAUUGAUGGUGGUGGCUGUAGACAACAGUAAUCACAGCUUCUUUGCAUUAGAGUGGGUUCUGGAUAAUUUUUUUGUUUCCGUCGGUUCCAAUAUUCUCUUGAUGCUCGACCCUCUCCAAAUGCUCUUUUUCGAUUCGGAGGACCUGGACAAGUGCAUACCGUGCGAGGGGAAAGGUCAUCCUGGAGAUGUUAUCACUGAAGCAGUAGAUAAACACCACGCCAUCAUUUUCGUCCUUGGAAGUCGAGGCCACAGCGCGGUCAGAAGGGCUGUUCUGGGCAGUUGCUCUAUAAUGAUUGUAAAGUAA